UUCGUCACGAUGCACGCUUUCCAGUCGCCCCUCAACAUGACAUGCACCUUUAUCAUCUUGAUUCACAUCUUCGCAGCAUUUGCCGCACUCGCCUAUCCUCUAGGAAGCAUGGAUGCAGCUAGGAGUAGCGUUGGUGAAGCUACACAUCUCUCCAAACGAUCCCCUGAAGAAUAUGACGAGGAGCAGAUUGGUGUCUUUGCGGAAGGGAACGGAAAUGACAGAGAUUUCAUAUGGUCCAAGUUUAGCUACGCUAGGAACUUCUUUGGGGCUGGCAACCCAACCAAAGAAAUUGAAUCAAUGAGUAUUAACCUGGACAACCUAUAGAUCAUCAAGCAAGCGCAAACUCGCACAAAUAAGACCUAGUGCAACAAAACCUCCAGCAAGCCCCUUUCCAUAUGGAACGGGACAGUUUAGGCCUACAUUUCUAGCUUCUUCGACUUCUAUCAUCCUGCAAAACUCCCUCUUCGAUUUCGGUAAAAUCUUGUUUUUGUGGUCAAUCCAUCAUCCAUAGGUGAACUUAGCCG